AUGAAUAAUAACCAAUGCAAUUUUGUAUAUACCCUACCAGAAUAUGUACUUGAUCGAAUGUUAAUUAUCAAUGGUACCCACGAACAUCGUGUGAGUGGGUUUAAACUUGCCAAAGCAAGUGAAUACUUUAAACGUCAAUUAAUUGAGCUGCGUCGAGGUGAACUUGAAAAAUCAAAAAUUAGAGAAGAAGAGGAUGAAAAGCAUCCAAAUUUUCGUAGAGCUCGGGCUCGCAGUCUAUGUGACCUUCAAAUAGAACCCCUUCAUAUAAAUUACUAUGAUCUACUUGGAUUUGAGAUCAUGCUAUCUUUCACCCAUUGUUCUAAUGAAGCGAGAAUGAGUCUAACAGAUUCCUUAGAUAGUUCAAAACUAGUCUCCAUUCUUAAAGCUGGGUUCCAUUUUCAAGUUCCAGAAUUUAAUGACUAUUUCAUAAAUGCGAUGAAAGAAAAACUCUCCACUGAUAAUGCAUGGUCCUACUGGGCAGGUCUUGAACAAAUUUCAGAAAUUACUUCUGAUGUAACCGAAUAUUGUCGUAACUUCCUCCUUAACCACUUUGCAGAAACCUGUGAUUCAAGCAACUUUCUUUCUCAACCAUUUGAAAAAUUGAAAUUAUUUUUGGUUGACGAUGCUCUCAACACAUCCAAUGAGCUGGAAUUAUUCAGGCAAAUGGAGAAAUGGAUAAACGAGGACGAGUCUAGCCGUGCUAGCUAUAUUCGAGAUAUACUAGAAUGCCUCCGAUUAGGUCGUCUAAGCUUGAAUGAAUUUAAUCAACUUAAGCGCAGCAAAUUUGUUAAUGAAAACCUCGAGAGUUGUUCUAAAAUUUUAUCCAUCGCUCAGGUCCUUAUACAGUCUGGGAACGUUAAAUCUAACCAAUCCGGUCAACGAUCAGAAAAGGAAAUCGAAUUGGAGGCAUAUUUUAGACGUCCAAGACUUCCCCAUUCUGCUAUUUUUGUUGUAGGUGGCUGGGAAGGCAAUCAGGAUGACCCAAACUUCGGUCCAUCUCGAGCAAUUCAAGUCUAUAACUCAAGAAGUGAUUCGUGGAACCGUUUUCACAAAAGUGGAAUCGCUCUUGAUGAAGGCCAUGCCUAUUCCGGUUGUAUACUCUAUAACAAACGGAUCUAUAUUAUUGGUGGAUAUGUUGCCAGUGGACCAACUCAGACACUCAAAGCUCUGGAACUAUCUACUGGAAAUUGGAAAUAUUUAUCUCCGAUGCACGAGAAACGGAAUUAUGUUUGUGCUUGUCUUCUGGAUGAUGCAAUUUAUGCACUUGGAGGCCAUAAUGGUCGGCAUCGUCUGAAUACCGUUGAAAGAUACGAUCCUGAACAGAACAACUGGACUUUUGUGGAGCAGAUGCGACAGGUGCGUAGUGAUGCAGGCGCCGACUCUUUAAACGGCAAAAUUUACGUUUGUGGUGGAUUUGAUGGUCAUCAUUUCUACGAUUCCAUUGAAUGCUAUGACCCCAAAGUGAACCAAUGGACUCUGUUAGCUCCGAUGCAGAAUAUCCGAAGUGGCGUGAGUGUGAUAAGUUUCAAGAACUGUCUCUAUGCUAUUGGGGGAAAUGAUGGACUGCAGAGACUGCGAACGGUGGAGAGAUAUGAUCCUGAAAAUAACCAGUGGUUGACUAUGCCCUCGAUGAUUCGACAGAGGAGUAAUUUUUGCAUAGUUGUGAUGGAUGAUAAGAUCUAUGUGAUGGGAGGUUGGAGUGAUGAGACAAAUUCAACCAUCUCUAUGGUGGAGAAGUGGGUUCCUGGAAUGCACAACUCAUGGGAACAAGUGAAGGAUUUGCAUCUGCCAGCUAGUGCGAACUGUUGUUGUGGAGUUCAGGGACUCGAUGUUAUCAAGAGCUUCCUCUAA